AUGGCAGCAUCAUGUUUUGUUGGUGUUCGGUGGUUGGAUCGAGUGAUCGCUCGAUUGGUAUCACGGGGUUUCAAUCCAGCGUUCCGUUCGUUUCGGAAUCGUGAGGGAUGGGAUGCAUCAGGUGUUGCCAGCUUGAGAGUCAGGUCCAUACAGCGGUUCCGCUGCUACUCUGGGAAGUACGAGAAGUCCAAGCUCAGCGUUGCGGUGCCAGCCUGCCUGGAUCUCGAGGAGUUUGUGUUAUCCCAUGCGCAGCUGAAGAGCCUGGCACCUGCCUGCGUUCGAGCGGACGACGGAACUGCCGAUGGUCUUAGCAUCAAUAGCCUGCUGGAACGACUUCAGCGAGAGGGCUCCGUCUCCUCUCACUACGAACUGUAUGCCCUUUGCGAGCACAGAGGCGACGAGAUGCAGAAAGGGCACUACGUGGCUUAUGUCAACAACGGUCCUUCUUUGGCGAAGGAGCAGUGGUUCGGCUUAAGCGACGCGAAGGUGUGGAAGUGCGAUCGCGCAGAGGUGCUCCGAGCAGAGGCCUACAUUGUUUUCUACCGCAGGCAGGGUACGAUGGAGAGAGAAGGCGCUGUUGGCGCUGAAGGUUUUGAGUCUGAGGGGGUCCCUGGUGGCACUGGACCUGCGGAAAGCGCUGCGACAUGA